AUGAAAGAAAAUCGAGAGGGGAUCAUUCGAUUUGAGGAGAUUUCAGGAUCUGUUAUGGAAGAUGUUUUAGAAUUCAUCUACACUGGAACUGUGGAAGUAACUCAGGUAAAUGCAAAGGAACUUAUCGCCGCAGGGAAUUAUCUGAUCAUACCGAGCUUGAAAACGCUUUCAGGGAGGUUUUUGGAACAAGAAAUGUCCCAAAUGAACUGUAUUUCAACCUUUUACUUCGCUGAGAAAUACGAUUGUGACAAGCUUAUCGUCAACAGCAGGCGUUUCAUUCACAAAAACAUCGUUUCCGUGGCAAAACUGGAUGAAUUUUUGCACUUGGAAGCUAAACAGAUCGAGAGGUGGAUUUCGUCCGAUGAGAUUACCGUCAAAGAGGAAGCUGAUGUUUUUAAAAUCAUUUUAGACUGGGUAAACCACAGAGAGAGCGAGCGAAAAACAGCAUUUGAAGGAUUGUUUCGUCAUGUUCGGCUGGGUUUCCUGUCGCGUGACAGUUUGCAGGAUAUCGUGACAAACGAACUUGUCCGUGACAGUGCUGUCUGUUUGAGGCUAACAGUCGAUGCUACUUUUAAAAUGGCUACUUUUGUCAAUGAAGAUGAUCUCCCACAGUCAUCGAGAAAGGGAACUGAUACACGUGUUAUUGUAGUUCGGGGUGGCAAGUACACUUUUUGUUAUAUUCCUGAAGAAGACUUGUGGAAGCGUUUACCUGAUGGUACGAAGGAGCUCAAUGCCAUUACAUCGAAGAUGAUAAAAUUCCGUGAUCAGUUGCUCACCUUCACCAAAUCUGAAGGCGCAGAGAGAUACGAUCCAAUUUUUAACGAUUGGUCAGCCUUGAAAUCGCACGCGGAGUCCUCUAACGUAGCUAUCGUUAAAGGGAAAAUUUAUGCUGUUCAAGUAAACACCACUGACCAGAAAACUACGGUCGUAAAGUACAAUGUAGAGCUGUGUAAAUGGGAGACAGUUGAUCUCUCGUUUGAUCAAGAUUGUAGACUGAAUACUUGUGUUGUUGCAGCUGGUAGACACCUGUUUAUGAUUGGAGGGUGGAAAAAAACAAAGGAGUAUUUCGCAAAAGGUGAGAGAUUUGACACCGUGGACAAGAAAUGGGAAGAAAUUGCUGAUAUGCAGGCAGAAAGAGCUGGCGCUUUUGGGGUGGCCACUCGAGAGAAAAUCUUCGUCGCUGGAGGGCUAUGCGGAGGAAAAUUACCCAUUACUUGCGAGAGGUAUGAUAUAUCAACAAAUGAAUGGCAACUUUUUCAAGGCCUAAACGUUCCUCGUUACUGUGGUAGUAUGGUGCAGCUGAGUGGAAAGCUGUACGUAUUGGGUGGAGUGAGUAAGGGCAACCCAAGUGAACUGAGUGUUGAGUGCUAUGACACUGCUUCGGACAAAUGGAUCCAGAAAACAACCAUACCAGUGGAAAGCAUCUCCACAACAUAUAAUCCGUUUAUUGGAUGUGCAAUGAGGCUUUCCAAAGGAGCACUAGAUGAACUUAGUAUUAUAGAGGUGUAG